CCCAUAGACAUUAUACGUCUAUGGGCUCACCCCGAUUUACAUGUUUCUUUAUAACCGGAGUCCCAUGUUGGCAUAGUGUUCACGAGCUUUGAGCGCAGGCUGGAAAAUGAGAGGAAAAGGCCACUUUAGGUACAAGAAUUUGCAUAAUAGGCGAUUUUUUUUCCCAUCUAGUCUGCAUUUAGGCUACUGUGGGCUGUCAAAUUUCUCCAUAAUGUGACGUCCAUUCAGUUUUUUGUUGAAAGUUUUCGAAGUUUAUGUCCGAGAGGAAAGAGCCUUCACUUGACUUUUCCUCGUAGGAAACUAUUUUCCGCAUAGACGGCCGUCACGUGGACAUAGCGUUUGUCCACACAGUGCACGUUGACGUCUGAAGUAAGUCAAACUGAUAAACAGUGUGUCUGUUAGCAUGGAUAAUCUGCAGCAGAUGAAAGACACCCUCCAGCUGUGUGUAGACAGACAUAAAGACGAGCUCUACAGUGUAAGUCGGGACAUUUGGAGUCGACCAGAACUGGCCGGAGAGGAGACGCAUGCGCACGACAGACUGGUCAGUUUCUUCUCCCAGGACCGGGCGUGGGCGGUAGAGAGUCACUACAAACUACAGACCGCGUUUCGUGCCCAGUGGGGCCCAGUGGGAGGCAGGGAGGAUGAGCCGCUGGUGAACGUGGCGUUCCUGUGCGAGUACGACGCGCUGCCGGGUAUCGGGCAUGCGUGCGGGCACAACCUGAUAGCAGAGGUGGGAGCAGCCGCCGCUCUGGGCAUGAAAGCUGCUUUAGAAAACCAGAGUGAAAUCCCUGUACCAGUGAAGAUAACUGUUCUCGGGACUCCUGCAGAGGAGGACAUUGGAGGAAAAAUCGACCUGAUGAACGCAGGGGCCUUCUCUGACGUCGACCUUGUCUUCAUGGCUCACCCAGCCCAGCAAGACGCUUCUUUCCUGCCCUGCAUCGCACUCAAAGAAGUGUCAGUGAAGUACUAUGGGAAGGCAUCACAUGCCUCUGCGUACCCUUGGGAGGGAGUGAACGCUCUGGAUGCUGCUGUGCUCGCUUACAACAACAUGUCUGCCCUGAGACAGAAGCUCAAACCAGAGUGGAGGCUUCACGGCAUCAUCAAACAUGGAGGUGUGAAGCCCAACAUUAUCCCCGACUUCUCAGAGUUGCAUUUUUAUCUGCGCACCCCACUGCUGAAGGAUCUUUGUAUUCUGAAGGAAAAAGCCGAGGCUUGCUUCAGGGCCGCUGCGCUCGCCACAGGCUGCAAAGUGGAAAUAAGCUACCCAAGUCACGAAAACCAUAACAUUCUGCCUAAUGCCACACUUGCAAAGCUGUAUGAGGCUAAUGGGAAAGCUUUGGGGAUUCAGUUUCCAGAGCAGCCAGACAACUUUUCUGGCUCUACAGAUUUUGGCAACGUUUCAUUCAGUGUUCCUGGGAUCCAUCCUUUCUUCUACAUCUGCACGGACGCAUUUAAUCACACUGAAGAAUACACAGAAGCAGCAGGAUCCGAGAAGGCCCAGUUGUUCACCCUGAGGACAGCCAAAGCUCUGGCUAUGACAGCUGUGGAUGUAGUGUGCUGUCCUGAUCUACUGAGGCAAGUGAGAGAUGACUUCAGGCUGGCUAAACUGGAGCAGGAUAGAUGACGAGAUGAAGCUACGCAGAUUUAACGAAUCUAGAAAUGCAGAGACUUGUUUUGUUUUGUGUGUUUUAUGGCAUCAGCUUUAAAAAAAAACAGCUAGAAACAACAGCUAACAAUGACAGCUGUUUUUUUUACUGUUUUGUUAAUCAAAAUGCA